ACAGUGAUGGUGGGGAACAGCCCUGAGCCAACUGACUCUUGGCCAGGGCGCUCUCCGCCCUCAAUGCCUGCUCCCCAGAGAGGGCCCUGAUCCGGAGAGGUGUUCUGCGCCUGGGACAUCCCACUGAAGUCAGUGGGCGCUGAGGGUGCAUGUCUCAGGAUCAGGCCUACAGAGAGGAAGGAGGAGCAAGGGGUAGUGAACACGGAGCCUGAUCCAGAGCCCCUUGAAAUCAGUGGGAGUCUUUCCAUUGACUUCAGUGGGCAUUGGCCCAGGACCCAGGUGGCUGGAGCAGAGAAAGGGCAGUUCGUCAGCUGCUAGCGUGUUGCCAGCCCCGGGGCAGGAGGUAGCAUUAGUGAAGUAAUCCCCUAGAUGGGCAGCUGAAAAUACCAGAGAAGCUGGUGGGAGGCCAGAGAUUCAGCCCUUCUCCACCUUUAACAACGUGCAGUAGGUUGUCAGACAACAGCCAUCACUGUGUGCAGAGGGUGACUGUCCUCACACCCUCCACACCUCUCUCAAGCUGCCCCCUUUAGUCCUGCGCUUGCACCAAGGGAAGCCUAGGUAUUUUGUGAAAGUGAGACCUGCGGUGACACAGCCCUGGAAAUCUCUCUUUGGCUAUGCAGUGUUCAGAUGUCGACCCUUUACCCCACUCCUCCUCAGACAAGGCCCAAGGCUGAAACAGAGGUCAGGGUUGGCGAGCACUGGCCAAGCUGUGAGCGGCCUUGUACCGGGAGAGCUGGGGUGCUGCAGGGCAGAAAUGAAGUGUGAAGACAGAGAACUGGUGGGGGGGAGGAUAGAACAACAGGCAGCGUUGAAGGCAUGAUUGAGAUUCAUGAGAAAAGCUACGUGGUGCUCCUGAAUUGGAUUAGCAGGGGGUGUUGAAAGCUACGAUUGACAUGCAUUAGCAGAGCUGCAUGGAGGCCCAGGACGCAUCGCAGGGGGAUGCUGCCGGUCUGGAUUGACAUGCAUUAGCGGCGCUGCGAGAGGGCCUGGCACUGGGAUGGCAGGGCUGCUGCAGCGCCGGAGGUCCUGAGGAGUGCCGAGGGGGAGAGAGUGGCGAGAGAAUGAAGAAGCCAACUGCGCGGGAGAAGCAUGAGGUGGCAGCAGUUUGAAGGGCUCCGGCUGAUGGUCCCAUGGGCAUUGGCGCUAUUGGUCCUGAGUCUGUGCUGCCGGGGGUUGGUAGCCGUCACCGCUGCCGGCCCAGUGCCUGAUCAGCAUGCCGCCUCCUCCUCCCCCGGCCAGGUUCCGCUGGACUGGCUGCUCACCGACCGGGGACCAUUUCACCGAGCUCAGGAAUACACUGACUUCGCCGAGCGCUACCGGCAGGGUUUCACCACCAGGUACAGGAUCUACAGAGAGUUUGCCCGCUGGAAGGUGAAUAACUUAGCCUUGGAAAGGAAAGAUUUCUUCAGCUUGCCACUGCCCUUGGCCCCCGAAUUCAUCCGGAACAUCCGCCUCCUGGGACGAAGGCCCAGCCUGCAACAGAUUACAGAAAACCUGAUUAAAAAAUACGGCACGCAUUUCCUGCUCUCCGCCACUCUGGGAGGAGAAGAGUCCCUGACCAUUUUCGUGGACAAGCGCAAGCUGAGCCGGAAGGCGGAAGCGGUCGGGACGGGAGGGGGCGGGAACAGCUCCACUGUCUCCCUGGAGACUCUGCACCAGCUGGCUGCCUCCUACUUCAUUGACCGGGAAAGCACGCUGCGCAGGCUCCACCACAUCCAAAUAGCCACAGCCGCCAUCAAGGUAACUGAAACCCGGACAGGCCCUCUAGGCUGCAGCAACUACGAUAACUUGGAUUCGGUCAGCUCGGUUCUCGUCCAGAGCCCUGAGAACAAAGUACAGCUACUAGGGCUGCAGGUGCUGCUGCCCGACUACCUGCGGGAAUGCUUUGUGGCGGCCGCGCUCAGCUACAUCACCUGCAGUUCGGAGGGAGAGCUCAUCUGCCGGAAGAAUGACUGCUGGUGCCAAUGCGGGCCUGGCUUCCAGGAUUGCAAUUGCCCUGAAGCCGACAUCCAGGCAAUGGAAGACAGUCUGCUGCAGAUCCAGGAUGCCUGGGACAAUCACAAUAGACAGUUUGAGGAGUCAGAGGAGCUCCAGUCCCUGGUGAAGAGACUCCCGGAGGAUCGCUUCGUGAACAUGACGACAGUCUCCCAGUACUGGGCAAUGGACCUCGACGUGCAGCAUCGCUACCAGCAGCUGGGCACCAGCCUGAAGCUGUUGCUCAAGAAAACCCAUCGAAUCAUCCGGCGUCUCUUCAACCUCUGCAAACGCUGCCACAGGCAGCCUCGCUUCAGACUGCCAAAGGAGAGAUCUUUACCCUACUGGUGGAACCGCAUUCAGUCCUUCCUGUACUGCAGUGAGACCACCCCACCGGGGACGUUCCUGGAAGACAGCCACAGCUGCACCUGCCCCUCCGACCAAGUCUCCUGCCAGGGGUCCAUACCAUGUGCCUUGGGCAACGGGCCAGCCUGCGCUGCCUGCGCUGAGGAGAACAGCACCCGCUGUGGGACCUGCAACCCAGGCUAUGUGCUCAGCCAGGGCUUGUGCCGUCCGGAGGUGGCGGAGUCCCUGGAGCACUAUCUUGGCCUGGAGACGGACCUGCAGGACUUGGAGCUCAAGUACCUCCUCCAGAAACGGGAUAGCCGCAUUGAGGUGCACUCCAUCUUCAUCAGCAAUGACAUGCGACUGGGGAGCUGGUUCGAUCCCUCCUGGAGGAAACGCAUGCUGCUGACCCUCAAGAGCAACAAGUACAAGCCAGGGUUGGUCCACAUCAUGCUGGCCCUCUCCCUCCAGAUAUGCCUCACCAAGAACAGCACCCUGGAGCCAGUCAUGGCCGUCUACGUCAACCCGUUCGGGGGCAGCCACUCAGAGAGCUGGUUCAUGCCUGUGAAGGAGGAGGGCUUCCCGGACUGGGAAAGGACUAGCGUGGAUGCCUCGGCCCUGUGCCAAAAUUGGACACUCACCUUAGGAAACAAGUGGAAGACCUUCUUUGAGACAGUCCAUGUGUACCUGAGGAGCCGGAUCAAGUCUCUGGAUGACAGCUCCAAUGAGACUGUCUAUUAUGAGCCCCUAGAGAUGGUGGAUCCAUCUAAGAACUUGGGAUACAUGAAAAUCAAUAGCUUGCAAGUCUUUGGCUUCAGCAUGCCAUUUGACCCGGACGCCAUCCGGGACCUGAUCCUUCAGCUAGAUUACCCAUACACCCAGGGCUCCCAGGACUCGGCCCUCUUACAGCUCAUAGAGAUCAGGGAUCGGGUGAACCGGCUUUCACCGCCCGGCAAAACCCGGCUUGAUCUUUUCUCUUGCUUGCUCCGGCACCGGCUCAAGCUGGCCAACAAUGAAGUGGGAAGGAUCCAAUCCUCCAUGCAGGCCUUCAGUGCUAGACUACCAAGCCCCAUGGAGUAUGAGACUGGCAAAUUGUGCAGCUAGCCUUGGGGCACCUGGAAUCUCUGAGGAGGGGCCCAAGAAAAGGGAGGGGGAUGGAGAACCACGACUUCCGAAGGCUUUACCUUAGUGCCAACCGCGUGCUUCCACGGGACACCACGUGACCAGCCACAGGGCUGGCAGCGUGUGAAGGAUGCAAGGAGAUGCCCAGGCCAUGGCAAGAGACUGCAAGGCAGCAGAUGCAAAUUGGUCAGAAAGGGGAGCCAGGCCUAGGGAGAUAGGGUGCUCACCUUGGAAUGGCUUGUAUUCCUCCCCCUUCCCAGUCACAAAUGACACUUGUGACCAGGCAGAAAAAUCAACAGGUUAUUUCACCUGGGAACAGGCCCAUGCGGGGGAGAAAGCUGGUGGGAGGAGUCUGCCCUAGAGAGAAGACAUCUGGUAGUACCUCCGCCUGUGACCUUGCCUCCUGGCCUGUGAGCCCAGCCAGUGCUCCACACAGAGCUGGAAGGCGAAGGGACGGGUGGCAAGACCUCAGACCCCCAGCAGGCCAGAACUGCUCAGAACACUUCACUCCCACCCACCCCGUGGGAAGAGGCCGGCUGCGGCCUUCCUCAGUGCAGGCACUUUUGUAUUCUUUUUAACAGACGUUUCUACCCACAUCCCAGCUUUUCCGUUCUCCGUGUCACUUUCUAAGUCAACAUAUUCCCUGCCUCUUCCUCCCACCCCCGCCUGCUCUCUGGCACCAUUCCCUUGAUGGCAGCGGAGAAGCUGGCCGAUUCCAACUGGGGGUGGGGGCGGUCUGUGGGACAGGCAGCCCUGCCUGAUCUCCCCUAUUCCCACAUAGAAGCGGGGAGCACUCCACCCUCCUUCUGCAUCACGGCACCAUCAAUGCACCUCGGUACAUUGAGCCAAGACGUUCCAUUGUCGACAUGAGCAGCGACUGGGCACCUGGAUGGACACACCUGUCGUUACAGUCAGAGGUGGAGCUUUGUGGGUAGCUUCUCCUUUGAGGUUUUUAUUUAUUUAAUCAAUUGUUGUUGCUGUUUUUUUAAAACGUAUUUAUUUGGGGGGAGAGGAUUCAAUUCUUGUCGAUUUCUCCAGCCGAGAUCCACCUUAGUCAAAUGUAUCUGCUUUAAUAUAUUUUUUAAAAGAUUGCCUUUUUGAGCAAAACAAAACAAAGUUGAAAACAACGUGGUCUCGGGCUGUGUCUUUUUGAAUGGAGAUGCUCUCUGGGCACGUGUGAAGAGAUGCUCGGCAUAAAUGUGGACGGCUACCUAGAGGCAAUUAUCAGCAGAUGGGGUGCACAGGUGGAGAUAUGAACGGCCAGAUGCACGUGUGAUUAUGUAGAUGCGAUGGCAGAAGGAUGGGUGCGCAUAGGCAGGGAAGGACACCUGCGGGGCAGUGUGGAUGUGAAUUGGAGAGCCAGGGGGAGGUGGUGGUAGAUAGGUAUUGAUGGUUCUGAGAGGGCAGGUGUGGAUGUGAAAUCAGAGGGGGUUGCGAUGAAGGUGAGGGGCUGUAGAGGUGAAAUAACCUGUAGAGAGAUCUAUGCAUGUCCAUCCACAUACGUGUAGCAGAAGUUCCCAACCUAUUUUUGGCACGGUUGCCAUGGCUCCUUUUCUGCUGAGCCUUUUCUGUUUUUUUUCUCUCCUCACUUUGUUUUCCCUUUUGUUGGAAGUCUAUUUAUAACCCUUGUACCUCUGCUCC